UAUGGAGCAAAAGGUUCAAAUUAGGUCUAUUUCGAAUCCCAGAAAAAGCUCUGCUGGCCGGAGACCUCCUGAUGUAUUUAAAAAUCAGAAGGUAGCAAAGCCUUCGUUCACGACUGCCUUUACACUUCCCGGCCGAGUAAACCAGAUCAAUUCAAAUAUCAAGACUCCGAAUAAGCCAGAAUACGUUUAUGGCCCAACCAUUGGUAUGAAAUAUGAGGUGUUAAAUUCAAGUGCCGACCAUUUUUAUAAGACCAAACCUAGAUUUAAGACACCUUCAUUAAGAAGAGCCUCUGUGGUUAGUUCCGAGUCAGAAGCUACAAGUACCUCAGUGAUGGAUAUAGAAAGCGCCACCUCAAACAUGAAAGUGUACUACAAAGAUGAGGAAGAGCAAGUUGAUAAAGCCAAAAUCCUGAUAGAUGAUCCUUCGCGAGUCUCUUCAAAGCUCAGCCUGACAAUAAGCGGCUCAAAGGAGGACUCUAAUACCAAAAAGAAAGGAAAUAGAGAAGCUUAUGUCAUCUACGACAAUGGGGAUACAUUCGAAGGAAGUAUUCGCAACAACAGGAGGAACGGCUACGGUGUCCUACUCAGAGACAACAAGUUCAAGUAUGAAGGAGAGUGGAAGUUCGAUAAAAGAGAUGGAUAUGGCGUCCAAAAGUGGAACGGAAUCGGAGUCUACGAAGGCCUUUGGAAAAACGACAAACAAGUCGAAGGAACUAUGAUCUGGGAUGACAAAUCUUAUUACAAAGGACAGUUCCAUGGGGACUUCCUCAAUGGCCAAGGCACCCUUGUCACAGCAGAAGAGAUUAUUAGAGGAGAAUGGAAGAAAUCUAAGCUUAAUGGUCAAGGAGAAAGAAUUUUACUUGCUGACAAUUCACGAUAUGUAGGAAAAUGGAUUCAAGGAAAACUUACAGGUCAAGGAGAGUUUCAUAGUCCAAAUGAGACCUAUGUUGGGCAUUUUAGUAAUAAUUUGGAGCAUGGGAACGGCAAAUAAAGUGUAUUCAGACGGAACUAUAUAUGAAGGAAAAUGGGAUAAUGGCCUUCCUCAUGGCUUUGGGAAGCACACUCAUCCAGAUGGAAGUACCUACAAAGGACAUUUCGAGGACGGGUUCAAACAAGGUCAAGGAACUCUAGAAUGUCCUGAGUACAAAUAUUCAGGAGGAUGGCAAAAUGAUAAGUUCUAUGGCCAUGGACACUACAAAAAUAUUUACAAUUUGGAAUAUGAGGGAGACUUUGUUAACGAUGAAAAGAGUGGAUUUGGAAAAUUAAAAGUCUCCAUGCCAGAAGAAAUGAAGGGUAAAUAAGUUCAAAUUUCAGUCAGAAACUUACAUUGGAGAUUUCCUCUCUGAUAAAUUUAACGGCAAAGGCAAGUACCUCUUUGCAGAUGGAAGUGAAUAUGACGGAGAAUGGGCUAAUAAUAUGAUGGAAGGCCAUGGAAAAUUGACUAUUGAAGAUGGACAAGAAAUUGAAGGAGAAUUUUCCAAUGGAGAAGUUACCAAAAAUGAUGGGGAGAUAGUUAAGAUACCAGAAAAAUAUCGCAUGGAUGAUCAGUAAGAUAUCAAAUUCUUCCGAUAGCUUCAGAUUUAUAAAGUAUCACUCCCUAAAUAUUUUACCAUUGGCAAGAAUAGGUU